AAGUUUGGAUUUUGUUGUUACACUGGAACUAAAAUGGCUGCUGUGAGUUUUUUUCAUUGAAGGCACUGGGACGUUUAUUCCGCUUCUUGCUUUGGAUUUCCUGCCUGUGGUGAUGCAACUGGACUGGCAAGUCGCUUGUGGUGUUUGUCGCCGCUGUCCCGCUCUGCCGCGCUCUGUCAGCUGCUCGUGUUCUGUGGAGCUGUGUAUUUGAAGUGAGCUGUUAGCUCUGGUUAGCCAGCCUGUCGUUUGCUGAAGCUGCAGUGCUGAAGUUUUGCCUUCUUCUGCUGGACUGAUAUUCCCUUGCAUUUCAUGAAUGCUUGCUAUUGCAUCCUUUAACACAUACUUUGUCAUCAUCCUGUAGAAGUUCGCCACUUUUGUUUAGCAGAAGUUGUGACUGCAUGUACACACAGAUGCAUCACUGUCUGAAUGAGCUGAGUUCAUGUCUCAUACUCUGUGUCUUCGCGUUCAUACGCUUGUCGUUGGGCUUGAGUUUUGAAUGGAAACUGUCAGCUGACAGGAGCAUGCACCCUGGAGUGUGUUUCUGAACUGUCUCUCUGAUCUCAGGGCUUGAAUGGUGUGUGUGUGGAGGCGACAGUGCUGGUGUAACACAACAUCGCCUCCUGUCACACAGCAACCACAAUGCAACAAGUCUUAGAAUAUGCAUUGGAUCGGGCUGAGUACAUUGUUGAAAGUGCUCGUCAGCGACCGGCGAAGAGACGGGUGACCUCGGGUGGAAGGAAAUCCUUGUAUCAGAAGCUUUAUGAAUUGUACAUUGAAGAGUGUGAAAAAGAACCAGAGUUGAAGAAACUGAGGAGAAAUGUGAAUCUACUAGAGAAGCUGGUCUCGCAGGAGUCAGUCUCAUGUCUGGUGGUCAACCUGUACCCAGGAAAUGAAGGAUACUCACUUAUGCUUAGAGGAAAAAAUGGAUCUGAUUCAGAAACAAUCCGACUUCGCUAUGAAGAAACCGAGUUACUGGAGUACCUGGAUGCCGAGGAGCUUCCGCCCAUCCUUGUAGACCUUCUAGAAAAAUCACAGGUAAACAUAUUCCACUGUGGCUGUGUCAUAGCUGAGGUCAGGGACUACCGACAGUCUGGAAAUGCAAAGAUGCCCACCUACCAGAGCCGGCACAUCCUGCUGAGACCCACUAUGCAGACCCUGAUCUGUGACGUUCAUGCUAUGACAAGCGAUCACCACAAGUGGACACAGGAUGAUAAACUUCAGCUGGAGAGUCAGUUGAUUCUGGCCACAGCAGAGCCUCUGUGUCUGGACCCCUCCGUCUCUGUCAGCUGCACCACCAACCGUCUACUCUACAACAAACAGAAGAUGAACACGCGAUCCAUGAAACGGUGUUUUAGGAGGCAUUCUCAAGCAGCGCUCAACAGACAGCAGGAGAUGAUGAGCCACUGCCCUGCACUGCCACAGCUGCGGCUCCUGGACUACCUGCAGAGGAGGAAAGAGAGGAAACCUGCUCCUUCCAUAGACCUGAAGAUCUCCAAAGCUGGAAAUUGUGUGGACAUGUGGAAACAGAGCAGUUUUCAGCUGUCUGUCCCAUCAGAAAUUGAUGUGGAGAAAUAUGCAGUGGCAGGGAGCUCUGUUAAACUAGAUGACACUCAGCCCACUGUUUGGCCUGCACAGGAUGUGAGAGACGACUAUAUUUUUGAGUGUGAGGUAGGAGGUCAGCCUCAAAGAACAAAAGUCACUAUCUUCCAGUCUAUGGGGGACCCGCAGGUGUACGGGAAAAUCUACAGCGCCAAAGACUUCAAAUCAGAGGAGGAUGUCACAGAUCCACGCCUCAUUCACCCACCAUUCCUCAUAGGUUCAAGGACAGACGCUGUUCGGUUUCUGAUGCAGUAUAAGGAGGUCUAUGAACGGGAUGUUAAAUGUCAGGUGAAGAUGUUGCACAACUCAGGCAGUGCAGGGUCCCAAGGCCAGCUCUCCCCCUCCAGGGAAAACGAGGCUGAUGGUUUCUCAGCGCUUGUCCAGUCUUCAGUUUUAGGAAAGGGUGUUAAACAUAGACCUCCUCCUAUCAAACUGCCAGCCGGCUCAGCUUGCGCCGCCUCAGGAAACCCGUACAGUACACAGGCCUCAAGCGGUCAUCUCAAGUGCCCGACCCCUCCACCCACGAAGAAUCAGUCGCUGUCCCGGAAACACUCCAUGGAGCUUGGCCUGCUGUCCCCUGCUGCUCUCUCUCCCAUGCAGAGAUCAGGUACUCCCAAGCCCUCCACACCCACACCCACCAACACGCCGUGUUCUACGCCACACCCUGCCGACGUUCAGAGUGCCACGCCUUCAGUAACGCCCACCCCUCAGGACCCCUCGCUUCCACAGCAGCCCACCCUGCUGACUUCCUUCACCCAACAGCAGAUGACCCUGCCUGUCAUGACUAUUCCCCUCCCCACAUCCAGCACCACAUCUUCACAGGUCAUGACAAACCAAGCAGGGCUCAACUUCAUCAACGUGGUUGGCUCGGUUUGCAGUCCGCAGACUCUGAUGAGUGGUUCUAACCCAAUGCUGGGUUGUAGUCCUGGUGCUCUGGCAUCUGGUAUACCCCUGAGUGGGCUACUGCCCUCUGGUGGUCUCAUGUCUGGAGCUCUUCCUGCCAUGCAGUCUGCUUCUCCAGCAGGUGGGCCUUUUGGCCUGAACAACAGCCCGGGACUGCGACCGCUCAACCUUCUUCAGCUCCCUACGGGACCACUGAUUUUUAACUCUCUACAGCAGCAGCAGUUGUCUCAGUUCUCCCCUCAACAGCAAAGCAGUCAGUCCGCCACAUCCAGCCCCCAGCAGCAGGGGGAGGCGGCUGAUCCAGGUCUGACGGCAGAACAGGGUCUGUCCACACAACAGACGGCAGUCAUCAAUCUGACCGGAGUGGGUGGAUUCAUGUCUCCUCAGGCAGCAGUGCUGUCCCAGCUGGGUUGUGGUCUGGAGGGGUCCGGGCCCAGCCUACCGUCCCCGAGGCUCCAGCAACAGCACCAGCCACAGAUCCAAUUGCAAUUCUUGCAGCACCAAAUGCAACAGCAGCAAAUGGGUAUGGCAGUGGGGGCGGCGGCACAAGCACCACUUCAGCGGCCACAUUCCGCCAACCAGCCAAAAAGUAAGAGGAAACGCAGCACGCCACAGCCCCUCCCCAAAUCAUGACCUCCGGCUGGACGUCAGCAGACGGCACUGUGCUUGAUCAGGAGCAUUUUAUGGACUGACUGUGGCUUGACCGGACUAAAGUUGUUUUUUUACGAUCAUAGGGGUGCAGGAAUUGCCCUCCUGACCUCAGGACAGAUGAAUAUAUACUGCGAGGAUUUUUAGAGCAGGGGACCUUAGAGUAUUACCGUAUUUUUUAAAGAAAUACAAGAUAUUAAAUGAGACGAUUCUUGUAGGGUUCUCUACAGCAUGCUGUCUUUAUUCUCCUUCCAAAUGGCCCUUUAAACAAGAGCCUGUUUGGCUUGAGAGGGUGGACCCUACGCACACUAAUAAGGGCCGUACAGAUGUGCCUCAAUCACCUGUUGCUCAAUUUUACCGUUACGAGAAAACAUGCUCUCUACUGCUGGAUGUCAGAGUGAUAGGCCGCCUUGUCCCAGCAUGCAAUUACCUGUGCGGUUUUUAUACGGCACAUUUUAAAAUGGCAUUUUGUUAUACUGAGGGGGAGUUGAUGUAUAUUCUUAUGAAGAAAAAAAAUCUAAACCAUGUGAGUGGAUGACAUUUCUGAACACUGAGGCAGAAUUUUUGUAAAUGUUCUUUGUCGGCAGUUUUAUUGUGAUAAAAAAGAAAGUAUAUAUUGACAGUGAAAAAUACAUCUUUUAGAUAAAAACGU